AUGACAGCUGCACGGCGGCGUCGACCAGCUGCCAAGAAGCUCCGCGUCCCUCGCGGCGAUGACGAUCCGCCUCGUCAUGCUGUCGUGAUGGUUCUGGGUGACGUGGGACGGAGUCCUCGUAUGCAGUACCACGCGCUGUCGCUAGCACGCAUGUCCACGAAGCUGCGCGUAACUCUCGUGGGUUACGCUGGCGAGUGCUGUGUACCCGACGUCUUGAGUCAGAAAAACAUCAACGUACUGACGUUCACGCCGCGUCUGCAGCGAGUUCCGCGCACGUUUUUCGUACUGUUGGCACCUGUAAAAAUUGUGCUGCAGAUGUUGCAGCUGGUAUGGCUGCUGAUAGUAACAACGGGCAGCGUGGACCUCGUGUUUCUGCAGAACCCGCCAACGAUCCCGACGUUUGUGGUCGUGUGGCUCUGCUGUCGGUUGAAAGGUGCCAAGUUUGUCAUUGACUGGCACAAUCUGGGCUACACUCUAUUGGCACUGUCCCUUGGUAGUGGACACUUUUUUGUGAAGAUAGCCAAGUGGAUCGAGCGUGUGUUUGGGCGCAUGGCUGAUGCCAACUUGUGUGUCACCCACGCGAUGCAGACGUGGCUGAGAGAGACUUGGGGAAUCGAAGCUACGGCGUUGCACGACAAACCUCCUCUUUUUUUCAAACCCGCGUCGCUCGACACACAGCAUGAGCUAUUCACUCGAGUGGGAGACCAGCUGGAGCACUGCAAUGAUUUGGUAACAUGGGACCAAAACCGGGGCAACCUGGAGGAAACGCUUCUCACACGCAUUGUUCGUGGUCCCAGUGGCAAGAAGAAAAGAGGUGUGGUGCAAUCUCGCGAGAACCGACCAGCUAUGAUCAUCAGCUCGACAAGCUGGACAGCAGAUGAAGACUUUGGCAUUUUGCUUGCAGCACUCGAGCUUCUCGACAAACGUACGUCAUCGCUGAGCACGGCCGAGUUUCCGAACCUGCUGGUUGUGGUGACGGGCCGGGGACCUCAAAAGGCAAUGUAUCUCGAGAAGAUCGAACAGCUCGCCUUCAAGCGCAUUCGGAUCGCGACGAUGUGGCUUGACGCAAGUGACUAUCCGCUCAUAUUGGGCAGUGCCGAUCUGGGUGUAUGCUUGCACACUUCAUCGUCCGGCCUAGAUUUACCCAUGAAAGUCUUGGACAUGUUUGGCUGCGGUCUUCCCGUAUGCGCCAUCGGAUUCAAGUGCCUAGAUGAGCUUGUACAGCACGACAAGAACGGUCUGGUGUUUGAGUCGCCGGAGCAGCUUUGUACUCAAGUCUAUGGUCUUCUCAAGGGCUACCCGACAGAUACUCCUCAGCUCAACCGUCUACGGUCGUCUUUGCAGACGGUGGAACACUGGCCAGACAACUGGAACCGCGUCGCGUCACCGCUGUUUCAAAAGCAGCUCUACCUUUAA